AUGACUGCUGAACUGAGAAGUGCCAAGAAAGUGAUUCAUAAUGAGGAACUUGAGCAGCUUAUCAAUAAUGUAUGUAACACUUUCGUCAACAAACUUGAGGUAAAAUUUGAUAAGAAGUUUGCCAAAUUAAAUGAUAAAUUGUCAGAAGUUACUGAUAGUAUUAAAGGUCUCAACGAAAGUGUUAAAUCAAAUAAACAAGAGAUCCAAUCUGUGAUAACUACAACUAAAUAUUUAGAACUUUCUAAUAAACGCAAUACUCUUCGUUUUCAUGGAGAUCCAGAAACAGAAAGUGAGUCGGACUUAAAUUCACUACUUUCGAUAAUUGGGAAUACAAUGAAAGUUCGAUGUGUGCAAAGUGAUGUAGAUUUUUUGUAUCGUCUUGGUAAAUCUACAGAGUCCAAUAGGCCUAGAUCUAUAAUUGUCAACUUUGUUACUAAUAUUAAGCGCAAUGAAGUAUACGCCGCCAAGAGAUUGCUGAAGAAUUCUGAUAUAUCUAUAUUUGAGGACUUACCGAAGAAUCAGUAUGAACUUCUAUUGCAAGCUAAGAAGAAAUACGGCAAGAGAGAUGCUUGGACCAGUGGGGGAAAGGUAUACGUUUUACGCAACAAUAAAAGGUGUGUUAUUAAUUCAAUAAACGACUUAUAG